AUGACCGAUUACAAGGUCGCGUCAAGGGAUGAACUUUUCAGCCAACCUGCCGAUGACGUCGAUGAGGUGUACGUUCCUGAUCUAAACCUCGAGUUUGUAGAAGUUAGACAAACUAACCCAGACGUUGACGAUUCAAAUGGAAAGCAGACGUCUGAACAAGAUGAAUUCGAAUUUCCGCUCUUUUCAUUCGGAACUGCUAGCGAAAUGAGUAAUGACAAAGUAGCUGCUACUUCUAUUGACAGUUCAAAAGACAUUUCUCCCUCUAGUCUCAUGAAAGUUUCCCUCAGAGAGCCAGAUCCAGAGCGUUUUGUCCAAGAGCGGCCUCUGAACUAUUAUUUUUCGAAGUUUAGUGAUGAAGAGCGUCAGCAGUUCUUGUCAAGCGCUGUUGAUUACGAGUUUGUGUUAAACCAAGGCUGUUGUCUCAAUAAAUGGCCACAGUUUAACGGAAAGAUUCUCGAUCUAAAUAAGCGCAAUGCAGACAUUGAAUCUCUGCGGCUGCGAGCAUUGAAGAAAAAAAGAAGGAGACCAGGAAAGAAGCAACGGGACGCCAAGAAAGAGGGUGCUCUGGGUGUACUAAAGCGUCAAGAAAUCCUCAAAGAGGUAAAGAAAUUGGUCAAGAAGAAGUUUCACAAACGUGGAGGGAAAAAGAACAAGAAGAAAGAACCGAUAAAUAUCGCAAUCACAAAACCUACAAACCGUCAGAAAGUUGUUAAUUAA